AAACAAAAAGUAAAAGCAAAAAAUCACAAGAAGAAGAAGAAGAAGUUUGAUUGUCAAAAUUUUUUGUUGAAUAAUUUUUUUCUGGGAUAAAAAAUUGCAAGUUUUCGUGCAAAAUAUCACUCCCAGGGAUUUCGUGGACACACCCAGAGUACAUUUGGGUUGUGCAGCAGUGCGUGAGGGUGAAGUGAAGGGUGCCAGGACGUGGAGAUUAAUGCCGCAAGCGCCGCAAGGUGUGAACAAGAAUAGAAGCAAUGUCCUGGCAAACUCCUACAUUAAGGCAUCCAAGGAUCUCGUCUUCAAGGAGAUCGUGAUCAAUGAUGCACCAGUAGCUGCGAGGAAUCUUCUGACCAAGGGACAGACGCAGGACGAAAUAUCCCAGUGUUCAGGAGCUUCAAUCUCCACGCGGGGCAGAUACAUUUCUCCCGCUGAGAAGAAUAGUGGUCCAGUGCAUGAGAGACCACUCUAUCUGUACAUCCAAGCCCAUACGAAACAUUCUCUUGACUUGGCUGUGCAGAAAGUGACACAGAUUAUCCAGAUGGAGGGACCGCAUCAUCAGCGAAUGCCCAAAUUUGGUCCUGGGAAUCAGGCCAUGCCACCCUCAAAUACAUGUGUUGAAAAAAUUAUGAUUGGUCUGGAGCACGCACCACCGGCAUUUGACCUCCGGGGUCGUCUAAUUGGGGUCGGUGGGGCAAAUUUGCACUACAUACGGAACGAAACGGGCGCAAUGGCCACCCUUAGGGGGCGUGGGUCAAUGUUCCUUGAUCCACAGUUUGGUCAGGAAUCUCCGGAACCACUGCAUUUGUACAUUGAACAUCUGCGCCCUGAAGGGCUUCAAGCAGCCCGGCAGCUGGCGAAGAAUCUAAUUGAGACUCUGCAGCAGGAGCUGAUUCAAUUCCAACAGAUGAAUCCACCAGCAACAAAUAUUCAGUACCACGCAUCCUCAACAGUGACGCAGACUUCUGAACAACAAAUCUAUACGCCACAGCAGAUUGUUCAGAUGGGGAUCCCACCGCCUAUUAUAGCUGUGCCCCCACCUGUGAUUCAGGGUCCAACGGUGCAACAGCAGCAAAUUCUCACCCAGCCGACAUCACAGAUUGUACCGCCGCCGCAGUAUCAGGCACAGCAAAAUCCAGCUCCAGCUCCCAUUCAGUCGGCGCCACAGCCACAAAUAAUUCAGCAUUCGGUGCCUAUUCAGCUGCAUCCAAAUGGGAAUGUGAUGAUUCAGCAGCAAGUACAGACGAAUCCCACAACGCUCACGAGCAUCAAUCUUCCUCCACCUGGUGUGCAUAUUCCCCUUAAAUCGGGCUCACUGGUACAGGUACAGACGGCACCGCCGAUGCCGGUAUUCUCACAGCCACCACCGAAUAUACAGCUGCAGCAGCAACCGCCACCAUCGCAGAUCAUUCUCAAUCAGGCUCCGCCAAACAACUAUCAGUACCAAUACAUCCAGCAGCAGCCACAGCUACAGCAGAAUGACACCACACAGCAGCAGGGGCAUGUCACAAUACAGCACAUCUAUCAGCCUCAGCCGCAGAUUCAGAGGAUUAUUCAUCAGAAUCCCACAACGCAGCCUAUUGAGCAAUUCCAGCAGAUUCGCCCGAGUCAGCAGUACAUUACGCUGCAGGGUAACACGGCAUACGUUGUUCCGCCACCCAAUAUUGUUCAACAAACUGCCCCGAGCCAGCCAGCACCAAAUCCCCCCAAUGUGGUCUUUUCCACACAACUGCCGCCCCCACAGUCGCAUCAGGAGAUUGCUCAAUUCACAAAUGCAAAGCCACCAGAUGGUGGGAUGGGUCUCGAGGAGAGGAAGUUUGACACCAAAAGCCCCGAAUAUGAUCAGAACAAGAUAGAUAGACAGAAUGAAAAUCCAAUGAACAAAAAUGGAAUGGAUUGUCCUCCGGUGUCAAUAAAUUCCUUCAUGGCGAGACCACCUGUACAGCAGAAUACCGUCGCAAUGUCAUCCAUUCCCAUUAUUCAGGCACCUCCGCCAAUAAUGUCAAUUCCCCCGCCGGGGAUUCAUCAAUUUAUUGGGAAUACCUACUUAACAACAGCCCCGUCCCAGCAGGAGAACUACAAUGCAACUCCUGUGUCCAUUCAUCAGCUUCAACCGCCACCGCAGCAGGUUCACAUGUCCACCGUGACGGCUCCCACGCAGCAUCAUGUUGUCCUCAAUCAUUCGUGGCAACCACCCCCAAAUCAGAUUCAUCACAUUGGUCCUGCCAGUCAGAUACAGAAUGUGCAGAUUUCGCAUCAAAUUCGCAAUCCUGGCAGUGAGAUUAUUGUGGGGAAUCAAAUAAUAAGUGCACCGAGUAGUGAAGUUGCGCCUCAACAUAAUUCCAUCAUUACGACACUACCACCAGCUCCGGGGAUGCAGGUACAAUUUCAACCGCCGCCGCAGCAGCAGCAGCAACAACAGAUGCAGGAAAGUGGGCCACCACCGCAAUUUGGGGAGUUGCACACAAUUCCCAAUAGUAUGCAUCAGAGGGUGAUGCAGCAGCAGCACCCCGGUCAAUUUGAGGGGCAAAUUGAUAAGGGUGGACCCAAAGGUGGCCCCAAGAAUUCUCAAGCACAGCAAAAUACAUGCUUUUCACCUGAGAAUACACAAAAACAGAUGGGACAAAUGCCAAGAAUUGGCAUGAAGCGAAAACAUGAAGAUGAGCCUGGAAGUGUUUCAACUUCGCCAAGAAUUGGAAUGGGAAAUAGUUGUGGAGAUUUUAUUGUAAACGUACGAGAAACACAAAAAACAGGGUGUCCGGAAACAGCUACAACAAGUGCUAAUGGAAACACGAAUACAUCCGGAUCACCAUCAACAACAAAUGCAUCAGCAUCAACUUAUGCUGCAGAUGAGAGCAAAAUGGAAAGUGGCAAAACGGUGAAUAAAGUGUCGAUGGUACCACUAAUGGGUGCUGAAGGACAACCUGAGCAGAUGAGUUAUUCCAGUGGGAAUUAUCUGCCGUCACAGCAGUCACAGCAACAGAGAUACAUGAUGGAGAAGAAUAGUGAUUUCGGGUGUGGAGGCCAAGGGAAAAAUGAUGAGAAUUAUGGUCCACCGCAGAUGCCGAUGCGCAAUGAAUACCGGCCAAAUAUGCGCCGUUACGGUGGACCAGAUCCCAAUGCCCCAAUGAUGGAUCGUGGCGUAAUGCUGCCACCGCCACCGCAUCCAGGUGUCUUCAAUCGACCCGGACCCUAUGGAGGCUACCAACCACGCUACAGGAGCCAAUGAGGAAGGACAUAAAAUUUGUUCAAUUGGCUCACAAAGUUCGCUUAAAAAAAAGUGAAAUUCUACAUAAAGAAAAAUUGUGAAAAUCCAAUAGAAAUAUUGACAUUUUGCGCGUUACAUCUAUAUUCAUAAUAAUAUACUCAAAGUUCUUGUAAAUAGCUGUGUUUUAAGGAUUAAAGCGUGAGAAAAUAUGAUAAUAAAAGCAAAAAUUCAAUUAAUUGAAAACAAA